AUUCCCAACCUGACAUAACCUUAAAUUUUUAAAAAGAAGAAGAAACGGUAACGAAUAAAUGUAAUAAACAAAGUAUUUUGAAAAUGGAAAAGAUUUACCCCUAUUCUCAAUUUCCAUCCAGUGAACCAAUUGAUUUAGAAGAACAUUUUAAAUCAUUUGCAUCUGAUGUGAAAUUAGACGAGGAGCUUACACAAGUUGACGAUGUUAACAAAAGUCUUUCGGAAAGAUUGUUAAUAUUUGACUAUUUAGGAUUCAAUUUACCUAGAAGAGAACAGAAAAAAAUUCAAAAUAUCUGUAGCGAAAAAAAUUUAACAAAUGCUAACGAUCCUGAACCUGAAAGUCUAAACGACUUUUCUGAACAAGUUUUCAUAACAUUAAAGAAUCCCAUCCCAAUAACUGCAGAAGCAAAGAGGUGUGAGGCUGUGAAAGUUAGAAAAGAAGCACUGAAAACCAUAGAUCAUUCCUAUUAUCGACAAAUGUGUGGAAGGGAAUAUGAAAAUGUUAAACUAAAACCGAACCCAACUAGUUUAGACAACCUACUAGCUGGUUCUGAUUAUCUGGUUACUAUAAAAAUAUUUAAACCAUUCGCAUUUCAGUAUAAACUUAAAAACUUUUCAAACAAAGUAAAACCGCAACAACUGAUACAUGCCAUUGGAGCUAACAGACUUAGCCAAAUAAGAGACCUGAUAGUUUGUAACCUGGACAUAAAUCUAUGUAAAGAAAUCGAAGGUAACAUUGAUAUUGCAAAGGAAAACAAGGAAGAAGAAAAUCCUUUGGCCCUGUACCCCUCAAACUUCCUCUUUAUUGACAAUAUUUUUUAUAAUGACCUGAGAGCAAUAGGAGCAAUUGAUUAUUCAGAAGUUAUAAGACAAUGGGCAAAAGAAAAGGAUAUAAAAGGCCUAAAAACAGCUGAUAUGGAUAGCACAUUCGUGAAGGAUUUAAAACCCCGUUUCGGUUAUCCAUAUGUGUAUGUGCACCAAGGCAACUGUGAACACUUGGUGGUUUUCACAGACGCUCGUUUGCUCAUGAAAAACGAUUGUCUUUGUCCCCACGACUAUCCGUAUGUUAUAAAGACGAACCGGAAAUAUUCGAAGAAAUGUAACAUUUGUGGCAUUAAUAGCGCCCAAAUUGUUUGCAUAGAAAAUGAUAGAUUACCUAACGAACAUACACUUAUGUGCCAAGAAUGUUUCAUCUCUUAUAAUUACGUCGAUGGUACUACAAUUGAGCCUUGCAAAGCGUACACGAUUUCUGAUAUAAUCGAAGGUGAUGACAAUGAUGAUAAAAAUUAAUUAGAUUUUAAGUACUUAAUGUUUUUGAUG